AUGGAUGCCAGCAAGAAGGUGGAUCUGAAGAUAAUUAUCAUAGGAGCUCUGGGCGUGGGCAAAACCUCCCUCCUGCACCAGUACGUGCACAAGACGUUUUACGAGGAUUACCGCACCACGCUGGGGGCCAGCAUCCUGACCAAAGUGCUGCCGGUGGACAACACCCCCCUGAAACUGCAGAUCUGGGACACAGGGGGACAGGAGCGAUUCCGAUCCAUGGUGUCGACCUUUUACAAAGGCUCAGAUGGCUGCGUGCUAGCCUUCGAUGUGACAGACAGGGAGUCCUUUGAGGCCCUGGACAACUGGAGAGAUGACUUUCUGGAGAAGGUCAAUCCAAGGGAGCAAGAUUUCCCCAUGGUUGUGCUGGGGAACAAAAUAGACAUCUGCGAUCGCCAGGUACCCAAGGAGACUGCCUCAGCCUGGUGCAAGGAGAAGGACAUCCCUUAUUUUGAAGUCAGUGCCAAGAGCAACAUCAAUGUUGCAGAGGCUUUCGAGACGCUCGCGAAGCAGGCGUUGACGACGUAUAAAGGGAUUUUGGAGAGUUACUUAACGGACUCCAUCAAGCUCACUCCCAACGACAAGCCCAAGAAGAGCUGCUGCUGA